AUGGGGGUGGCUGGAUAGAGGCGCCUAACGGCAGCUGAGUCGCAUGAUCCGUUCAUUCGGGCUCGCACGGCUACUGUCGUCUCCGCUCGGGUCCGCUCUACGCGUUUCGAAGAAGCGCCAGGCGAGUUUACCGACACUCUCGCGUGCCACAGCGCUCGCGUUUGUUCGCGUUAGCUUCGUCCUCCCACGCGUGCAAUCGCCUCGUACGUUGUCGCGCGUACUCUUUUCUCAUUGUUUUCCGCGUCUAGUUUCCGAUCGCUACCCCUCGUUGCACGUUCUCCCGAUGACGUUCGCCACUAAUUAUAUAAGUUCGAACUGAUCUACGCGCGUGCACGAUUAGUUGUUUGAUUAAACUGAACGAACGGAUGGUUCGAUCGAGCUUAAUCAUCCAGAAAAGUGUCCGAGUGAUUCUGCGAGCAUACGUAAAGUGUAUUGUAUUACAUAUCGGUCAAUGAUCUUGAUCAAUGUUAUUUACGGUUUGAUUAUUUUAACUUGAAACUAAUUAAUGUGGAACGGUACAGUGGAAACAGGAGAAUACUUGGUGCGGUUUAAUGAUUAUGCCCGGUAGAUUGUACAGUUAUGUUAGUUUUCCCGCGAUUUUCGCGGGCUUGUGUGUUUUCGAGGAACAGACACUACGAGUGUAAAUUUGUUUCGUCGAAAAAUCGGCACGCGGCUUUGAGCCGAUUAAACGUUUGACGGAAAGUGACUUCAGGCUGAUCGCUAGAUUUUAGGUAAAUAGGGGCUCUGAUUGCCAUUGCCAAAGAGAAAACGGAGCUUUGAUCCUUUAGCUGGAAAACGUGAUACGUCGUUCGCAGAUUUUCGGUUUACAAGAGUUGCCACGCUGCAUUUUAAAUAAAAAUGCGUUUAUGGUGAACCAGUGAACAUGAAGCAGGAUCUUCUAUUUGACAAGGCAAGAUCCGUGGACCAUUUAGCUGUGAAAAUGGAUUUUCUCUCACAAAAUUAAUAUCUCAUUUUUAUUUUAAUAUAAAUAUAAAUUGAAGUGAAUUCAGGAUGUCGGGAGUGAUGGAAAAUUGCUUUAGAAGCGAAGAAAGAGUUCCAUCGACAAAGCAGAGAUGCAUACAAUGCAUUUAAAAUUAACAAUCUGAGUGAAUACAAAACGCGUGUAUUGUGUGUACUUGAAUCGUGUAAUGCAAGGACCGAUAUUGCUAAUUUCCAACAUCGAAAUCAGGAAUACAACGAAUUCUAUUGCACGAGGGAUUAAUUAUUUUCCUAGCAAGUGCGCAAAAUGUUCGACUCUCUGGGACCUACGACGAGUUCUCUGAUUCGACGAGGGAAUCGCAGCAGCUCGAAGCCAAUCAAGAGUUUAAAGCCCCUGUCCUGAGCGAAUCUGCAAAUUAAGGCGGAUUAUUUCGCAUCCUAGCGUGAAAUCGGUUAAUGUCGCUACGUUGCUGGCGGGAACUAAGUAGCCGCAGUUGUACGCUGAAUCUGUAUUUACGUCGAGACGUGCGGCCACAGUUCCGAGGCGGAAUCGACGUGUCGUUUCUUAUCCUGACGUCCGUUUGGCUCGGGGACGUUUGUCGAAAGGGGUAAUGAGGGGCCAACCGGAUUCCACGUAGGGACUGGCCCUUCUCGAUCUCAGAGAUGUGGCGCCAUAUACGGUACUCGACCCUCGGGCUUACCAUCGUCCUGUUGACCAUCCAUGAGGUAGUCCUCGUGCGGGCUGGUGAACAAGAGAGGAAGGUAUGGUACGAAGCGGCGACGCGCGCGAUCGAAGCCCGUAUCCGCGCGUCGGCGGCAAGUUCGAGCGUCAGCGGGACGACGCCACCGGGCGGCGUGGCGCGGGGCGUCGUUCUCUUCGUCGGCGACGGGAUGGGGAUGAGCACACUCACGGCUGCGAGGAUUCUCUCGGGUCAACGUCAUGGAAACACGGGCGAAGAAGCGCAACUCGCCUGGGACAGCUUUCCAGCCGUCGCUCUCGCAAGGACUUACAACAUGGACGCCCAAGUUGGAGAGUCGUCGGCUUGCGCGACGGCGUUACUCUGCGGGGUUAAAGCCAAUUACGAAACCGUCGGUCUGGACUCUUCCGCACGCUUCGAGAAUUGUUAUUCCAGUUCUGAUGCCCGUGUACCAUCCCUUAUCAAUUGGGCGCAGGAGCAGGGUAAAUCGACAGGAUUGGUGACGACCACUAGGGUGACGCAUGCGACGCCGGCAGCCCUUUACGCCCACGCAGCCAGUCGUUACUGGGAGGACGAUGGCAAGGUGCCACCUGCUGCACGGAUCAAAUGCAAGGACAUCGCGCGUCAGCUGCUCGAAGACGAGCCCGGUCGUAACAUCAACGUGGUGUUGGGCGGUGGGAGACGUCACUUCGUACCGAAAGUAACUCAGGAUCCGGAGGAACCGGACAAAGAGGGCAGACGACUAGACGGAAGAAACCUAAUUGAAGAGUGGUCGAGGAACCAUCGGUUGCGAAACUCGGCCGCAAAAUAUGUCGCUAACAAGGAACAGUUCGAGAGCGUUGAUCCGCGGAAAGUGAACCAUCUGCUAGGACUAUUUUCUUAUUCCCACAUGGACUUCGACGUCGACCGAAACACGAACGGAAGUGGAGACCCAUCGCUGGCCGAAAUGACGAUAAAGGCGCUCCGCGUCUUGGCGAAAAAUCCCGAAGGAUAUUUCCUCUUCGUCGAAGGUGGCAGAAUCGACCACGCACAUCACUACAACAAUGCCUAUCGAGCAUUGGACGAGACCCUAGCGCUGGAGGAAGCAGUGAGGGCCGUGAUGAAGGAAGUCGACUUGUCAGAGACGCUGCUCGUCGUGACGGCGGAUCACUCGCACGUACUCACUCUUGGUGGUCUAGCAACGCACCGUGGGAAUCCUAUAUUCGGUUCUGACAGCAAGGUGUCCGAUGUUGACGGACAGCCGUAUACAACGUUGUUGUAUAGCAACGGACCCGGGUACACGCAACCGAGGAAUAUUUUACGAGAGGCUGGCAAGGAUUCCAUUCAGACAGCGGGUGUGCCACGGGCUUGGGCAACACAUGGCGGAGAGGACGUGCCGGUGUUCGCCAUCGGUCCUCUGGCGAGUGUCUUGUUCUCCGGUAGUGUGGACCAGAGCUACAUACCUCAUGCGAUCUCGUACGCCUCCUGUCUGGGUCACCACGCGAGCCGUUGCUCCCGAGAUUCUACGUCCGGCAACGACACAAUGAGCAUUCCGAUAAGCUGUCCCUCGGCGGAGCCGAACAGCGCCGCGAUAUCCAGCGACGUGAUGAACGACCAGGCCAGGAAUCCACCCACGAAAUCCGGCGCGUCUCUCGAACCGGCCGGCUCCCGUAUAUUGGCCGGUGUUCUCCUGCCCCUUAUCCUCGCCACUCUACCCUGUACCACGUUCGAGGGAACGAGUUAAUGCCCAUUAGAGCCUCUUCCGGUGAACGAAUCCCAGCUACGUGCGACCUGAACUAUACUGUUUGGGAAACUUUUGGUCAAUCCUCUAUUAUAAUGGGACAACAGGUGAUUCGAUUGAUCGCGUCAGUACCAGGAUCGAAUAUCUUCAUAACGUUCGUACGGCUCUGGUUGGGAUGAUGAAUCAGUUCUAAAUAAGAUCAGAUCAACCGGAUGAGGGAGAACCGACUAACGACGUUUUAAUUUUUAUUCUAUCCUUCGGUGAGAUAGAAAUCCACGAGAAAUCGUGUAUAAAAUAAGGAAAUAAAUGGCUUCCGUGGAGGAUACGAGGGAGCGGUCCGUGGACUGUAUUCGGGUUUCUAAGCGCGCGGGUAUAGUUGAAUAAUUUAUCAACUCAGCUCGAUACGUCGGGGGAACGUCGAUCGAGAGCGACGCCUAUUCCACGACGCAAGCUAUUCGGAAAAUCCAUGCUGUAGGUUAAAUGGACGGCUAAUGUACGGCGAGGGGAUGUCUCUUAUCUCGCAACGGUGUUACGCCGCGCCGCCUCGAAGGCAACCGGGAUUAAUACUGAGCCUGAGCAUCGCUUCUUCCUGAGAACGUCCGCGCGUAAAACGUGUACGUGGAUCGUGGUAGCUCCUGUUAAUCAGUGUCGGGAAUCGAUUGAUGAUCUUGCAUACUGCGCGAUCCCGGAGACGUUCCGAUGGGAUCAAGGAUCGUUCUAACGCGUGUCGAUGUGUUUUGUACACCGAUCGCGUGGGAGACCUGGCAGUUUAUCGAGGAGAAUGCGUCUGAAAGGACUCAAAAUACUAUUGAACGACGCGGAACGAAGAUCCCUCCGAUUCUCUCCCGUGGCGCCGCUCGUUUCGACGAAAAGUUAAUGAUGGUUCUUGCCUAAUCUCAUGGAGAAUUUAGUGGCACGUGGAGAUUCAAAGCAGUUUGGGGGACAAUUUGCGACGAUCAUGACUGUCCCAAAGCUGCCGGUGGAUUUUAUCGUCUUUCGAAAUUUUCACGGAAUAUAAAUGGGGUUUACAAGUGUUACGUGACGGAGGCCCCCUCGGUACGCUCGGUUCGAUUAAGGGAGUCAAGUUUGUCGGGACACGAUCGUUGAAACAAAGUGUUGAGUGUGGAAAACAAUGUUCCACGUGAAAAUGUUACAUGACUUUGUUACGCUUUACUUUCUAGUCUACUCGAUUUUCGAAGCGAUUGCGAAGUCGCGCGUAUCAUGUGUGAUGUUAGGAAUUAAACGAUUGUCGAAACCAACGUACACAGACACCGUAUUAAAUAUGUGAAACUGUACGUAUCGACCGUUUUGUUUUAAACAUGGGAGAUAGUAAAGAGUAAGGCUCUGUAAUUACGUUUGGAUUAUCGAUAUAAAGCGUAUAGUUGAGAGAAAGUGAAUAAAACGUAGGAGAAUAAAUUUUUUCUUCAUUGUUUUGUUUCUAUUAGUUAAAAGUCAUUUCGUGAAAUGUAUUAUACGGAUAAAAGUACGAGACGAAAUGUGUAAAAUUUGUAUGAUAAAAUGAAAGUAUAAUAUUUUAUCAGCAAUAUUUUGUUCUCUACUUACACGGUUCUUCGAAAUUCUUAUUAUAGCCAUCGGCUGUUUGUAUGUAUCAUUAAUCACAUCACUUUUGUAUUUUUUUUUUUAUAGAGAAGUUGAUAAUACUUUGAACAUCGUUAAUAUCAGGAAUUGACUGUAACAAAUAUCUCAGACAACGUGUACUUUAAUGGUUGAUUUAUGUUACUCAGAAUCCAAAUGGGAUCGAAUACAAACGGUAUCGGAACUGUUCCAAAGAAGUUUCUCAUUAGCAUUCGAAUGGAGAUUUCAGGGUUUGGAAGUGGUCGAUGGACGCUGAAUUCUCCGAAGGAAAUUCGCGUUUAAUUCAAAUUUAUGAUAAUUCGUCCUAUGAUAUCAAAUUUAAUAGCGAUUCGUUGCCGCCUGGAAUUUCACGGAAUCACGGCGACUAUUUUUAGGUCGUCUGUCGACUGGAACGGUGUGAUUUGAUUGACCGUGUUCGCGAUAAAAGUGCGGAAAAGUAGGAAGGAUUAAGAGCGAAAGUGCUCCGCUUGCGAUCGAUACGGAGGUGACACAAACGGCGAGAAUCAACCUUUCGCGCGACGAAAUCAGAUCCAUUUUAGUUUUCGAUUACUGCCGCGUGAAAAGAACAUUUUUCGUGCCAUUGAGACAUCUCGAUUCGCAAUUCAUUCCUCUCUAAUAAUAUAAUACAAAUAUAUUUAUUUUUAUUCACAUACAACUAUUCGUCAACUUUACGACCUUCAGAUUUAAAAUCAAAUUUUACAAAGGGUUUUAAAAAGCGUAGGAGGCGUCGCGGAUUAUAAUUUCGAUCCAUCACGUGCAACAGGAAAAUCCAUUUAGAUACAAUCUCUCGCAUACUUCCGGCACAAAUUCGAAAUAAAAUCAGCGAGGUUCUAUGCAGAUUGAUUCGCAGAUUUUUUCAGAAAAUGCGAUCUCUGUGUCGUUACGUGCGAAUCGGGCUGCUGAAAAUUUUAAAGCGAAUGAGAUAUGGAAUUUGAUUUCGCCGUCACCCGACCUCAUCGAUACGUUCUAUUUUCAACUACUGCCGAGAUCAGCAAUGGGAUAUCUCUCGCCUCGUCUUCCAAUACACACACGUGUUCGCCCAUCCACUCGUCGAAAAACUUAAUUUUGGUCCUCGAUAUUUUCAGUUUGUAUCCCUUUCUCCUCGACUUUUCCAUUAAAAUUGUAAUCAAAACCUUCGCGCCGUUGACGGGAAAUUAGUUUACUUAGAUAUGGUACCUUCGCUGCGAGGGAAGAUCGUCGCAAAGAGCGGAGAAUUCAUUCUCGUGAUAUCGCGAAGGCCGGGUAAUUUCGUGGAUGCGAAACUGGUUUCGCUUAAUUCGCUUUAAACAGAAUUUCUUGCGCGAUGAUGAAGUGAUCACGAGCAACGCUUCAAAGCGCGACACAAUGGAGAUUUACUCUCCUCAUGUUAAACGAGUUAUGUGCAUUAUUUUUCAUCCUUACAACCUUAUAUACUAACUUGUUAUUGUUCGGGCAAGCGUGUGUAACGAGGAAAUCAGACAUCUUUGAGUAACGUUCACUUUGUAAAAUAAAUAAUAAUAUCGAACUCUAGUAAAUUAUUCUUUGUACUUAAGCUGUCGCUACUAUGGAAUAAAGUGAACUUUAUAACAAGAAGCGGGGGAGACUUUGUAUAAGUCAAACAUUCAAAUUUAUGCGCAGUUGCUCGAGAAAAUGGUGACAAUGAUUAAACAAUGGUCAGACGUUCAAGGUAAAACAAACUUAGCCGUCGACAUUGGAGGGAGAUCUGGCAAAGUUAACAACGAGGCUUCGAGCGGGACAAAAAAAGAUUAAUUGUGAAGCUUGAAAAACGAGCAUUUCAGCUUAGUGAACUUUAAAGCGAGACAAACUCCUUCGUCUGCUGUUUCCCUUGGUAUUCCUUAAAAAAAAAAGAAAAGAGAAACCAUCGUUUCCGUUCUUCGUUUCUGCUCACGAUAUAAACUGUUCCCCGAAGUUUAACACAGUACGAUAUAUUCCUGCUUUUAUUAAAUUUAUCACUGUUGUUCCAGGGGAAUACUUUGAGAAUUAUGCACGAAUUUAUGCUGUAGUUGGGUCUACCAUGAGUUUUGUAUGCAAACUGUAUACGUAUACAUAUGUAGGUAAACUAAGAAUACAAAACAAAGAAUAAUCCUGAAUCCUAACAUGGAACUUAACAAGCUCAAACUCUGAACCUUAGAAUACAUCCCAGGACCUUUUCCCUGUUUUUGAAGCGCAUGCAUCGUAAUAUCUGUACAUUUCCAUGACAGAAAGAAAAGCAAACUGACGUCAGUACGCAUCCACGUAUAAAGAAUGAGGAACAAUGAACAUUACGGAGUUGAGAAGAUCGAACGCUCUCAAACAACUCCGAUAUUGAAGGCGAUCGUAUUGGAGAAGUUUGAGGAUAUUAAAAAUAUUUUCGAAUUUCAAACCAGUUUGCCCUAACAAAUUGCAACGUACCCGGACACACACGAGCAUUUACAGCAGAUAAAGUUUCAGAUGUCAGCUGCUAACUCCGGUAACAAGCAAACAGUUAACCAACUUCGCCAGACAGUGGCUUGAAAACUAUCAGUGCAAUAUCCACAUCAAUUGCCCAUACAAGUCAGCAAUUUCGAAAAGUUGUUAGAACUAACUAACAUUAGCGCGAGAGUUUUGGUAAAGGCAUGAACGGGGUUAUUUUAGAAAUUUUAUUUUCGAAAAUACAGUUUCAGAAGUUAAUUUAAAAAUCAAUGAAACGUAAAUAAGGAGAAAUUAUGUGUACCAUUACAAGAAUAAAUUCCAUUGACAAAUAUAUAAAAAUGGAUGUAUAAUAGUAGUCUCCAUUUUUUUUCGAAAGAGAGUUCGUGUCGAACCAAUAUCGUUAAUCAAUAAAAGACACUGAAGCGCAAAGGAUCGUUGGGCACAUCCACGCAGGUCGUCGCGCGAUCUUGCAGCUUGUCUAAGCCAUAAAACCCUUUUCCUCAGCAAAGGGGGGACAGCGUAUUCUGAACGACAACGAAUAUCCUCGCUAUUCGUCAGAGGCAUCGUGCCUCUCGAACAUGCAGAUAUUUCACAAGCAUUACCUUGUUUCUUUCUUACGACCCGUUUUACGGUUGUAUGUUCUUACGAGCUGGUCACCACCUCUGCAGGGAAGCGUUUCCCAGCAUUAAUAAAAGAAUGCAGUAAACGUGGUACCUUGGCAUGCUGUUCGCGAACACGUCGUAAAUAUGUUGUAAAUAUUUUUUGUGAGACGUGUAAAUCGUUCAAAUGUAAACGGGUCUUAAACGGAAUAUCGACUUAACUAGAACGGGUAACAGCAAUCUAGCUUUUUAUUCAAAAGCUUUUUAUUCAGAAGGAGAGUUAGAAAUAUUGUGAGAUGUGUUUUAGAAUUGCUACAGAAAUUGAUUAAGUAAAGGAUUAAGAACUUUUCUGACACAGUACAUCAUGCCGAUAGCAAGGCCAGCCUGGUUUCGAAAAUUCGAGCAAUUUCUGUUAGGCGAGGAAUCGAUUUUCGCGGCCUAACUCGGGGAUUAAUCCAGGCCGGUAAAUUUGGUGAAAUAGGAAAAACUCGAGGCGGCUCUUCCUCUCGUUGAAAGAUUUCGAAACGGCGAAAUCGAGCGAACCGGUCUCGUGAUUGAAUUGAGGAGCACGAGAUAAAACUGAACGGCCACCAGUCACCUACAACCUUUAGGCUCUUCUUUCCCUUUUCUCUUUCACCUUUCUCGAAACCAGAUUUCUCUCCUCGCUAGUUAGGUAAACGGGAAAAUGAAUUUCAAAUUGCAGUGAAAAAAAAGAGAUGAUAUUUUCAAAUAGGUUUUAAUUGAUUGUCUGAACUCAGAGAAACUGUAAUAACAAUGACUCGAAUAAUAGAAUUUGCAGAAAAUAGAACGUUCUGACGUUGGAGCAUCGUCUAUUCAAUUUACAUAUUUCUCCGGGGUAUCAAUGUUAAUAAACAGAAAAUUAAUCAGGGUUGAAAAUACGACGAAGAAAAUGGGAAGAUUCUGACAAGGGAAAGACGGAGCAUGGAUUUGUCAGAAAACAAACGAAAGCGUAAUCAUAGCGGGGCCAGAGAUUAAUUAACUUGCUGUGUUCUCGUGGACAGGCGAUGUCGCAUCGGUCUUUCAAACUUUAGUCAUUUGAAAUUUGCACACGACCGGCGCGAGGAGAAAUGAUGCCAAUUAAAACAGCAUCUCUUCGUUUAUUUCUUGAUGACGGUAUUGAUUAAUCGGUCGCCGUUAAUUUUCAUCGAUAUUGACAAAUUUGUGUUCAAAGUUGCGUGUCAAAUGGAACCACAGAACGUAAUUAGCAGUAAUUGAAUAUCGAAAAUACCUAUCGAUAUUGUAUAACAACGUGGAAACGCAAGAGCAGAGGAAUAAUGUAGAGAUGAACUGAAAUAACAAUAUUAAUUACGUUCGAUCAUUUUCUUUUUAAAUGUAAAUGAAUGUUUCAAUGAAUAACGAUUGCUUUCAGAGGAAAUAAACACAAGUUUUGUCAUAAGUUUGUAGGACAUAAUCGAAUGUUAAUGAAUAAGCUAAAUAAUUUAUCAUACAUUUUACAAUAAGGGCACGAUUCAAAUUCAGUGAUUCAUUUGUAAACGUUUGUAUUAUUUUUAGCAAUAAUUAAUCGACAUGUUUCACCGGACAACGAUUUACAGUUUAAAUAACGAAAUAAUACAUAUACAUAAAUGUAUGUAUAUCUAUAAUAGUUUUGCGUUCAAGUGGACUGUUUUUACAACGUUAACUUUACAGGGUCUUUUACGAAAUGAAUUCAGCAACGGGAAUGAAUAUUAAAUAAUAAACGAAGCACAGAAAGUAAUUGCGUAGAUGUAUACACAGAUACUUUAGGAUCAGUAAUUUUUAUAACAUUUCUAUUUGUUAGAAUUAUUAUCUACUUUGGUCUCUUUCGCGUAAACUACAUUACAUUCUAAGUAUUUUCAAGAAACACAAUUCCUAUUUAUGUUAAUUUCUCAUAUCUGUUUCAUUGUAAUAUAAUCAUUGAACACGUGAUAAUAUACAUGGUUGCAAGAAGUUACUGAUCAGCUUGAAUCGCAGCCACUGGCGACAAUAAAGUCCCAAAUUGUUGAUAAAUACUCAUGACGAAGGAUUUGACAAGCGCUGUUAGAAGCACAAGACAUGCCUAUCCAAAGUUUACACACGAUCAGGAAAUUAACUUUAUCAAUUCGAUGAGACAUCAAGAAUUUUGCACACGUAAGAGUGUUCGUGGCACUUGGUGGUACUUAUCCAUGAUUUUCACGGCUACAGUAAAAAGUGAAAAAAGAAUGUAAGCAGGAAAACUGGCUUUAGAUGUUAUUCACGUCCCUCAGAAUCGUUUGUUACACAUUGCGUUCAUCUAGUGCGUGCGUGUAUGCGUGUCUGUAUUACGAGUAUGAAACUUAUCACGAUCGUGCGGAUCCAAUUUAAUGUUCUGGAAUUCAAAUAAAAAUCUUAGAGUCGCGGAUCUAUUGUAAGAAACGCGAUAAUCCGUGAGACCAAAAGUGCGAGACGCACGCGGAGACGAAUGGAACGAGCUCACCGAUUUAUGUAUGCACACCUAAACACACGCAGUAUGUAAGGAAAUAAAUAUAAAUUAUAUAUAAAUAUAUUUCUGUAAAUAAAAUGGACACGAAUUAUAUUACGAAUGGAAUUUACUAUAGAUAUCUGUAUAUUAUUGUUUCAUAAAAAAAAGAUUACAGAAAU